AUGUCGAGGUUCAGCCAGAUCAGCGUCGGCGGAAUCGUGGAUGAUACACAAAGAUAUCUAAUUUGGAGUUUUUUGGGUGGAGAAAAGGGAAAACAGAAAAAAAAAAUGCCGGGCGGACAUACUGGAAAUCAUAACGCUAACAAUCAUCAAACGCAAGUACCGCACUGUGAUCCAGUGCAGCAACUUUUGGCUGCCGAAAAGAGGGCAGCUGAAACUGUAACAGAAGCUCGUAAACGUAAGUAG